AUGGAAGUAGAGUUUAUUCUUACAGUAGUUUAUAUUCUAGGCUUCUUCUCUCUUUGUAAUCUCAUUUGGAGUUUAAUCCGGGGGAUAUGGGUCUUAUUCUUGAGACCGGCGAAAAAUCUCAAGAAAUAUGGAUCAUGGGCUGUCGUCACUGGCUGCACCGAGGGUUUGGGCAAAGCUAUAGCCUUUGAAUUAGCCUCAAAGGGUCUUAACAUUCUGUUGGUUGGCCGCAAUCCUAAAAAACUAGAAGCUAUCUCAACUGAGAUACGCCAAAGGUAUAAGUUGAUUGAAACCAAAGAUGUGGUAAUCGACUUCCAGGUUCACAGUGGCAAGGAGAUUGGUAAGUUGAUAGAGGAAGGUAUUGAAGGGCUAGACAUUGGUAUUUUAAUAAAUGUAGCUGGGGAGAAUUACCCCACUGCAAGGUACUUUCAUGAAGUUGAUCAAGAGUUGAUGCAGAGUCUCAUAAAGGUAAAUAUAGAUUCAGUAACCUGGAUGACCAGGUCGGUUCUUCCUAUUAUGAUCAGUAAAAGGAAAGGAGCAAUAGUCAACAUAGGCUCUGGUUCCUCAGCUAUCAUUCCUUCAUCUCCUUUAUUUACUCUCUACGCUUCUACCAAGUGUUACAUGGAUCAACUAUCAAGAUCUCUAUAUGUUGAAUACAAAAAAUACGGGAUUGAUGUUCAAGUUCAGGUGCCAGGUUAUUGUGUAACAAAAAUGACGCUGAGAAUGGCAGCGAUAAAGGAACCAUCUUUGUUUAUUCCAAUGCCAGAAGACUUUGCACGAGCUUCGGUUCGUAUGGUUGGCUACGAACCAAGGUGUUCUCCUUACUGGGCUCACGCCCUUCUAUGGGGUGUGUCUAUAUAUGUCCCAGACACCGUCCUCGACACCUUUCGUCUUGCUGAAGGCAUCCGCAGGAGAUCACAAGGAAAAACUGAUUAAUCUUGUUUCUCCAUCUGUUGAUUAUCUUAAUAUGUUUGUAUAUUGACCAUCUUAUUUAGCUUCUGAAUAAAUAUAUCCUCAAAACAUAUGUUUGUUUUAAGAAGCGUUGAGUAUUCAAACGGUUUGUGAAUCUGCCCAUCAA